GGUCGUGCUUAUCGAUCGACCGAGAGCUGGAUGCAUUUACUGCGCAAGCACAAAUUAAUUUCUUUUGUGUGCUAUAUAUGUCUGAGAUUAUUAAUUCUAGUUCAGAUCUAAAGAUACCCGUAUUCUUUUAAUUCUGCAGGAAUCUGCUGAGAGUAAGAUAGCUGCAGUUGUCAGAGCAGUGCCAUCAGCAAAGAACCUUCGUCUACUCCAUUGAUCUGCGGAGACUUCGCGGUGUGACGAGCGUGCAGAAAUGGACGGCAACGUAGUGGAGACGCAGUCUGAUGCCGAUAAGAAUUCAACGAAGCACAGUCUGAUUCAGCUUGGUAGCAAUCCAAUUCCAUCGGCCUCCGAACUCGGCAGCGAUGCAUCUCAGCCACUGGAACGUCUGGAUGAGCAACGUCAGCUCGAAGAAGGAGUUCUGGAACUGCUGAUCCACCAUCAACUGGCCAGCAUCGAAGGGACGGAUGACGGUGUUUUGUGCUGCAUUAUGUACACCUUUCAGAAGGAUCUACCGGACUUGCGAUCGUUGGCGUGGAACGACUAUGGCCAGGGAAAACUGCAAGAAGCACGUCUGGCACUGACUGGCGACAGUAUUUCCCCGCUGCCGGCGUGGCUGGAGAAUGGCGUGAGAUUGCAAGUGUUCUUUGAGGAAAAGGUGACGGCGGACGAACCGCCCUCAAGCGAUGACUCGUCUGAAGAAGGUUUCGAAGUUCCGUGGCGGGCACGGAUCCAGCUGCAGCGAGUUCCGGACGGCUGCGUCUUCACGGUAGUGCAGUUGGCCUUCAUCAAUCCGGACAAUUGUGGAAGCCCCACCGUCGAGUUCACAACGCCGCCGAUCGAUGCCACCAACUUGUACUGCAUCAACAACGCAUUGAAGAACAUUCAGGGCCAGACGUAUUCUGAAUGCUGCCAGGAGCUGGGUAACUUCCGUGAAGCCUACUGCUACGUCACCAUGCGGGUGCCGUUACAGCGUAUUCUGUGGGAACUGGUGGCGGCCUUCCGGCUGACCAUCCCGGAGGGUCCGCGAUUUCCGGAAGGGGACGCGGAUGGAACGGAUAAGGUGGUGCUGAAGAUGCGGAACGGGCAGAUCGAGACGGAUCGAAAUACCAUGGUCAGGCUGUCUCCAAAAGCGCGCGGCGUCUUCGCAACAAGAAAGCAAGGGAAGGUUUCCCACUACGAAUGGGAUUACAGUCUCGAGGCCGUUCAGGUCAUCUUAGACGCGACCGGAACGGAACGCCAAUCCCUGGCCAUCGACCCACAUCGUGCGGAUCCGUUUCUCUUGUACGAGGCCAUGAAGUUGGCGUUGAACUGGGAGAUUCAGCAGCUAACAAUGUGGACGCAGGUGGCGUUUGUAGAGCGCUUGUGCUCUCUGAACGGCGUCAGUUUGGAACAGAUCCCCGUCCUGGAGGCUGUCCGUCUGAUCUGCGACCACGCCGAUCCUAAGGUGGUGGGCAGUCGGAUGAUUCUGUGCGUGCUGGUCACUAUGCUGCGCAUCCGGCAUUCACCAGCCAUGCGCUGGACGUUGGAUGAGCUGGAGAAUUCAAUUGCCGGCAAACCGGAAUUGUGGAAGAACGUCCUCCAGCCGACGCGCUUGGUGACCGAUACCAACGUUUUCAUCACAAUCCAGAUGCGUACCACUCUCACUGUCGCGGUGAAUUUGGGCUAUUGGGUGUGCCAGUUGAAAUGCCGGAUUCAUGUAAUAUAUGAUCGUUUCUCCUACAUUAUACGUAACGGAGAAUACCGCCAAAUCCCAUCAAUGAUCUUUACUGUAGCCGCACACGAUAGAUAAUGAUUCGCUCAAUCACAACUUCAUCAUGGCGCUGAGAAAUCAGCAUAGAAAACAGACGUCUUUAGACACAGAUAGCUACGUGAAGAUAGUUCACAACAAUUGCAUAAACGCCGGAUUACGCCGGUGAGCAACACUGUAUACAUGACUAUGCGUCACACAGCACUCCCGUUCUUAAGUUUGAAGCACGGCGAA